UGGCACCCUCUUUCUCGCGGAAAGGCCGCUCAACGAGGGGCGCUCCCCAGGCCGAGCGGGGACCCACCAGCGGACCUCGAACCCGUGGCAACGACGAAACAAAAAUGGGCGUUUUGAAGAAACAACGCGAACGUCAGCAUCGCAGCGAUUCGGGGAUGUGAACCAGAGAACGCCGACAAGGGCGUUCUCCCUGCCCGGCGUCGUCCCCAUGAUGUCCCAGGACCACCUGCUGAAGCUGGAUGCGGUGCUGUCGUCGGAGCAGAUGCGGGCCUUACUCCAGGAUGCGGGGGGCCCCCACUCGCACUCGGACAAGCUCGACUUCGACGUCCUCGGCAAUGUUGGCGGAGCCGAGGACGGAAGCCAUCCUCUCGCCGCCAUCGAAGACAGCCUGCACGACUUGGAGAACCUGGUGCUUGAGCAAGGCAGUGCGUCGGGCGGCCUGUUCACGGAGACCACGGACGCGGACGUGGAGGCACUGCUCAAGGCCACCCUGGGGGCCGAGGACCUGCUGAGCCCCAUGGAGCUGGUCUUCCUGGACCACUGCUACUCGAUGCCUCUGGGGGCGGUUCCUGUGGGGGAGGGGGUGGGGCUCACGGAGGAACACGCCCACCUUGCGGCACAGCAGGACGUCCGCGACUGCACCUCGCCCUCGGAAGACGUGGACAGCGAAGAGGCUCACAGCUUCGGAGCAUCCUCCCCGGGCUCGCCGCAGCUGCCGUUACGGCGCUCCCAGCGGCAAAUCGAGCGCAUCGAUCGUGAACGCCUGGAGCGAAUCAAGGCCGAGAAUGCGGAGCUGAAGCGCAAGGAGCAGGAGGAGAUGGGGCGGGGCCAGGGGGCGGGUCCCGUUGCCCCCACUGUGCCGGAGGAGGCAGGCACUCCUCCACAGGCUCCGCCCCCCAUGCUGGCGUCUGUGCCUCCUGUCGUGCCGGUUGUAGCGGCACAGCCGGUGCCAGCGGCUGCACCAGUGGCUGCACCUGUGGCUGUGCCUGUGACUGUACCUGUGACUUCACCUGUGUCUCUGCCGGUGCCGGUGGCCGCGGCAUCUCCACUGCAUCAACCAGCGCUGGCGUCCCCGUCGCCGGCGAAGGACAAGGCGCCCAAGGUAUUGGCCCUGCCCGCCCAGCCGUCCCCCGCCAAGCGAAGCAAGCCCAGGAACAGUGAGUCGUUCUCAUCGGACGGGACCCUGGAAGACGUAUCGCUGUCGAGCCCAUCGCAUGGCGUUGAGGAGGCGGCGGCGCGGCCACGGAAGAAGCGGCAGCGGUCGCACGACCUCGACGAGAUUGCCAGGGACGUGGCCAAGCUGCACGAGGCGCCCACGAAGAAGGGCGUUGCCAAGAGAGGGGUGGAGCCGGUUGCCAAAGGGCCCUCGAAGAAGGAUGCAAAGCGGGCGGCAAUUAAGGAGGAGUCGAGGGGUGAGGGGGCGGGGCUUAAGCGGAAGGCGGAGGAGGCGGAGAAGGAGGGCAAGAAGAAGCCUCUGCCGCAGGAGGUGUCGCCCUUCGGGAAGGUGGUCAAAGUGGUCCGGACCACGCCCGAGGUAAAAAAGAAGCCUCGGCGAGAGAGCUUCACAGACGAGCCAGCACUUUUCAGCCAGCCGGAUGUGCUCAUCAAAGAGCACGAGCCUCACUUGGGGCCGAAUCCGCCGUCGACUCCGACGCCUGGUCCGUUGCCGAAUCCGCCGCAAGGCGGUGAAAAAGACAUCCACAUGGAGGAAUCGUCCUACGACACAGUGGAAGCACACGUUGCCCGACUCGCCGGCGGAGAUCACGGUCUGCCACAGGCAUCACCCACAGUCCCCGUCGUCCCGGCUACGGUUGUGGCUACCGCUCCGGCUCCAGCUCUGCCUCCGGCCGUGGCACCAGCUUCGGCUUUGCCCGUGGCCCAUCCGCCGAAGCCGACCCUCGCUACGCACACUCCUAAAGCCUCUCCCAAACCUGCUCAGCCGCCUAAGGUUUCCUUUCCUGCGGCGGUCCAGAAGAAGCCGAACGCUGUGGCUCCGAAGCCCGGCCAGGGACCCGAACGCAAGCGGCCGUUGGCCAUUGCCAUCAAGAGUGCGCCUCCGCCACUGCCGAGCCAGGCCAAGCCAAAGCCGGCCGAGCAUCCGGCUACGCCAGCCCAUCCGCACGUGCCCCCCGCGCAUCCGAAGCCGGCAAAGGCGACGAAGGGAGGGGAGGGUGUGGUCAAAGGGGCAGGGCAUCCGAAGAAGGGGGCAGAGCAACAGGUGAAGAAGGUGAAGGUGCCCAAGCCCGAGCCGCCGCCUCCGUUUCCGCCGGUGGCCGAGCGUCCCAAACGUCAGAGCAAAGAGAAGUUCAAGAGGGCCAUGAUGCGGAAACGAGAGAUGGGUCGGAGGGUGGACGACGAGGAUGUGGACGACAGCUCCGAGGAGCAGCACGGCUCCGACUGGUCUUCAGAGGACGAUCCGGAGAAGCUGUGGUGCAUCUGCCGGCAGCCUCACAACGACAAGUUCAUGAUCCAGUGCGACAAGUGUGAGGACUGGUUCCACGGCACGUGCGUCGGGGUGACCAGGCAGCAGGGGCGCCUUUGGGAGAAGGAGAACCGGGAGUGGAUGUGCCCCAAGUGUGCCAAAGCACUGGGGGUCGAGUCCCUCACCCCGGCACCGGCCAAGAAGGAAGCUCAGCACCCGCCCGACGGGAAGUCUCAACCCAAAGCGUUGCCCAAGGUGGAGACACCCGUGAAACUGGCUCCCAAGGGGGUGCUGAGGGAGUGCCUGGUGUGCAAGCGACGGACAGAAUGCGUGGGUCUCUACUGCGGUCGGGACUGCAUCGCCAAGUAUGUCAACGACGCCAGCCAGACCAUCAAGGCGGCAAAGCUGGACGGAGAGCGCCGGCUCAUGUUUACGGAACGUAGCUCUGGCAAGCUGGUGGCCGGGGUCCAAACCCCGACCCCCGACAAGCUCACAGACUGGCUUGUGCGCAACCCCACGUAUGAGCUGGCGGUGGCGCGGACCCCGUCGCGUCCCCCCUCGCAGAAGCCGCCCCAGCCGAAGACGACACCGGCCAAGGUGCCGACGCCGGCCAAGGUGUCGACGCCUGCCAAGACGCCGACGCCCGCCAAGCCGGCCAAGCAGCCGACGCCGCAGUCGACGCACGUCGUCGUUCAGACGACAGUGGCCACUGCGGCUGCGCCGUCGGUGGCUGGUGCAGUCCCGGUCGGCACGGCUCCCGCCGAGAACGUGGUGGCGGCAGCGACUCCAGAGGUGAAGAAGCAGCCACCCCCACAGCCGGAAAUCGAGCCGGUCCGCAUCAAUGUCCGGAAGGUGCUUCGAGACUCCCUUUCUAACAGGUGCAAGGAUGCAGACGACAUUUCGUUGUCCGGUGACGAGGUGAAGCGCAUGGCCGUGCGCAUUGAGGAGGAGCUCUUCAAGUACUUCAAGGACACGGGCACCAAGUACAAGUCCAAGUACCGCAGCCUUGUCUUCAACAUCAAAGACACUCGCAACCAGGGCUUGUUUCGCAAGAUCCUCAAGGGCAAGAUAGCUCCGGACAAGCUGGUACGGAUGACCCCUGAGGAACUGGCUUCCAAGGAACUGGCCAAGUGGCGGGAGCGGGAGAACCAGCAUACGCUGGAGAUGAUCAAGAAGGAGCAGAUGGAGGCGGCCCAGAACGUGACGUCGCACGCCCUCAUCAAGAAGACUCACAAGGGGGAGGUGGAGAUCGACGACGACAACCUCAGGCUGCUCGAGAAAGCAGACGAGAAGUCGACGACGGAGCAGCCCGAGCCCGUGGUGACGACGACUCCCCGGGUGUCCACGGGCGGAUCGACGGGCAGCGCCAUCUUAGACGCGGCCGAGCGGCCGGGGAGGGACACGACGGAUGCGCACCGUUCGCACCUUUUUGACCUCAACUGCAAAAUCUGCACGGGCAAGGUGGCACCCCCGCCUCUGCCAACCACCAGCACGGACGAAGUUCCGGCGGCUUCGGUGUCGCCCCAGCACCGGCGGAGGGGGUCGGCCACGCCCGCGGACACGGGAACAGACCUGUCCUCAUCGUCUUCCUCAUCGUCUUCGGCGUCGUCGUCGGCCCACGCGUCACCCCCCCCGCCCCCUCCCCCCACGAGGGAGGGGGCCACCUCCUCAAGGAGCGACACCCCUCCCCCUCCUCCUCCUCCCCCCUCCUCCCACUCGGAAAAGAAGGGCAAGAAGUCGGCCUCCAGGAGGUCGCGGGACGACUCUUCAGAUUUGGAGCCCAGCUCAACCGUUUCCCUCGGGUCCCCGGACUCUGGCGUCUCGGGCAGCAGGGGCUCCCAGGGGGGCAAGGGGCCCAGCUCAGUUUGGAAGGGCUUCAUCAGCAUGCAGGAGGUGUCCAAGUUUGUCACCAGUGCCUACAAGGUCUCGGGACCCACAGACUUCCUCUCCCAGGACAUCCCUGACACUAUCAACGUUUGCGGCAGGAUCAUCCCAGACCAGGUCUGGGACUACCUAAGCAAGAUCAAGCAGUCUGGCAACAAAGAGCUGCUGGUGAUCCGGUUCCAGCCGGCCAACGAGGAGGAGAAGAAGCCGUACCGAGAGCUGUAUGGCUACCUGAACUCGCGCAAGCGCUGCGGAGUGGUCGGAGGCCUGUCUCGCAUGCUGAAGGACUUCUACAUCCUGCCCCUGCCUUCCCACAGUCCCGUGCCCACCGUGCUCAUGCCCUUCGAGGGGCCCGGGUUGAUGUCUGGCCGACCCCACAUGCUGCUCGGCAUCAUUGUACGCCACAAGAACCGCCCAAAGGGAACUGGAAAGGGCUCCAGGGCCUCCUGGGCGGAGCGUUCGUCUUCCCUGGACGCCGCCUCGUACACGCCCCCUCCCCCCGAAACGACACCCUCCGGAGGCAACUCGGACGAUGAGGAACCUUACGAGCCCUCGUACACUCCGCCCCUGGAGAAGCGGCGCUCGCGGCGCAAGGGGGAGGAGCUCCAUCCCGAAGACGACGACGACGUCCCGUACGACCCCGAGGACAACGACGUCGGGUUCGGGCCUGCCGGCUCUGGGAGCGGGGCUUCCGAGGCCCCUCCCCCUGCGGGCGGGGCCACGGAAGCCACACCCCGGGUGGGCGGAGCCGGUUCCCUGGUGUCGGGCCAGACCGUGAGCGAGCUGAUUGAGCGCAUCUCGGCCGGGGCGAACCCGGCGGAGGUGACCACUUCCGUGCUGGCGUCCAUCGCCACCAAUUCGGAUCUGGAGCACCAGAAGCGGUUACUGGUGGAACUGACGCAAGAGGUGGAAGAGCAGAAGAGACUCAUCGAGCUACAACGGCUACAGGCCAUUACGAUGGUCAUGAACAAGGCAGGUCCGACGGCACCGGGCCCCUCCCAGACCUCCAAGACCAGCGACGCGUCUGGCAUCCCGUUCCUGGACAGUUCCCUUCCUAUGGACACGGGGCUGUCCUUCUUGAGCGGUGGCUCCGCCCCCACGGCGGGCUCUGGCCCCGCAGCGGGCUCCACCUCCUGCAGUCUGCCGUCGACCCUCCAGGAGCUGCUGAACAAAGUGAAGGCGCCGCCCCCCGCCCCGUCUUCCACAGUCGCUCCGCCCCCCGGCCCCGCCCCGAGCGUGGGGGCGCUGCUGGCGUCCGUCGCGGCAAUCCCGUCUCCACCCCAGCAGCCGAGCGCCAAGAAGCCCAUCGCGGAAGAUCCAAUCGUGAAGCACUUUGCGGGGGAUGCCACUCCAGAGUCGGACUCCGAGGCCCUGGCAGCUGGAGAGACUCCGCCCCCGCCGGGGGAGAGCGUGGACGAUGCAGUCGUUGCCGCCCUCGCAAUCCCCGCAGGGGCCGCCGCAGUAACUUCGCGGUCUCCCGGGACCCCAACCAAGGACGAGUUGAUCGUCGAAGAAGCUAGGCCGCAAGACCCGCGGCGACGAAAGGCCGCGGGAGCGGCCCCCACUCCGACUCCAGCGCCUGCGGUCCCCGUGGUCGUGCCGACGCCGCCCGUUCCCACUGCCGCUGCCGGCACCAGCGCAACCCCCGGUUCAACCGGCAGCAAGCUGGGCGCCAAGUCGGCGAGCGAACUAAUGGAAAUGGCGCGCAAACAGCUGGAGGAGAUGGAAGGGGUGGCCAUGGCACCCUCGAUGCCCGUGGCGCCUCCCGCCCCGGCGCCCAUGUUCGUGCAGCCGCCCCCCGCGGUCCCCGUGGCUCCGCCCAUGAUGGGAGCCCCGCCCCCCGGCAUGUACGGGCCGCCCCCUCCGAUGGACGGAGGCUUCGUACCGCCCCCUCCGCAGGGGAUGGGAUUCCCGCCCGAAGCCCAGUGGGGCCCUGCGGGAGGGCCGCCAGGGUACUGGAAGGGCCCGCCCCCUUCUGUCCCGCCCCCUCCCCCGCCCACCGGCUGGAAUGGGGGCGGGAGGGGGGACUACAGGCAAAGGGGAGGAGACUGGAGAAGCGGGGGCGGGAGGCGGAGCCAGUGGGACCAGCGGCGCUGAAGAAAUGGUGGCGUCGGGCUGGACGUUGAAGCGUGAAGGGUGCGCCGGUGCGCAGCGCACUCUACGAAGCGACCGAUAGCAACAUAAAUCGGGAACGUGCUUCGUAGACGAUGCAGUAUCACCCGCUGCGCCAGUCGACAGCUGUGGCACCCGUUGUAAACGGCAUUUUCAUUGUUUAUUUUUUUUUCUUUUCGAGAAAUGUUUUUGGGUUUCUGGCCCGUCUUUAGUCAGCAUGUCUUCUUCGUUUUGCUUUCGCCGAUGUACAGAAGGAGCGUGGGGUAUGUGUACAUAGAGAGCCGGGGGAGAGCAGUCAUAAUCACUCGUCGUAGUCGCACUCUGCUUGCCCCCGUACCGCUCCCCCCUCGCUCCGCAGCAGUUUUGGAGAUUUUCCAGAAGGGGGCCGUUUUACAGUGUACAGGGACAUCUUCGGUCUGCAGCACCAUUUUUUACCCCCUUUGAAAAAAAGCUUUUUUUUUUUUUUUUUGCCAGAAAGUUUCAUCUUCAUGCACUGUACAUAGUCUGUUCUCCCAACCCAUGCUUUUUAAUGUAAUAAAUGCAUGUUCACCUUGCAUUAUCAUGCCAGUUUUAAAAUGAAAUAAAACAAAGGGUAUAAGAAGGAAUGUCAGGCUAGAAUCUUGGAUGCGGUUCUUUCAAGUCAAAUCGCUCCUGUGGCCAAAGCUCUCGACGGGAUUACCUAUACUUGUUUUUACCUCGAGAACCGUAGUAAAAAAAAAGCCCGGCUCCUCGUGGGGCAUUACUAAUUUACCCCUUCAUGGGGAGAACUAAAUAUAUGUAGGUACAUUUUAGAUUAGAUAUAUGUCAAGACAUGUAAAUUUUAAACUCCAAAAGUAAUGCUUCUUUCUCCAACAACCCAAUCUUGUAAGCACUACUUCACGCAACUUGUGAACAAUGCGCAAAACUUUUUUUUUCUUGAGGUAAAAAGGAGUAUGGAUGCAAUUGGCUCUUCAAACAAGGUUGGUAAUGAAACGGUGAGAACUGUUUUUCUCGUUCUUCCAUUCCAUUAGAAGAACUAUAACCUAAACAAAGGAAACCAAGCACGCUGCUUUCAUCAGUUUAUGAAAAAACAAUUGAAUAUGUUUAAUGGUGUAGCAGGCACCAAAAAAAACAUGCAUACAGCACUGGACUAGGCACCUACUCGUGGUCAAGUAUAUGUAAAGACUGAAUUUUGAGUGGCAAAUCUUCACCACCAGAGGGCAGUGCAUGAUGAUACCUUUUAAGGGAAUUUUUUGUGUGCAAUGACCGUUGGCAAGAUUUUGUUUUUGUUUGUUUUCUUGCACCAUGGUAUGAAUGCUGCAGAUCCUGCUUGUGAUGACGAACUGUUGUAGCCAAGACUAAAUAAAGGCAAGUAGAUAUCUCCCCCCUUUGGAGGAUAAGCACCUACUCUUCACUAAGAA